GGCGGCGCGCGAGACGGAAGGCGGAGCGGCGGGCGGGCGGGCAGGUACGCGCCGGCGGGAGGCGGAGCCGCGAGGCCGCGAUGGAGCGCAGCCCGGGCGGGCGCCGGCGCUGGAGCCCGAGCACCGGGCGGAGCGGGAGCCCAAGCAGGAGCCGCAGCCUCAGCUCGCGCCAGACCGGGGCAGGGGCCCGUAGGGCCGGGCUGCUUGCAGCAGCGGCGCCCGAGCCCCCCAGCGGCUGAGCGGUGACCUCCAGCCCCGCACGCGGUUACCGGGACCCGGCGCGCGGCGACCGCUCCAACCCGGGCCCCCUAAGAUCUCCUUGCUACAAUCGCACACCUCCAGACACAGAGCGACCCAGCUUCGAGGUGGUAGCCCUCCCUGCUGCUCAGGCACACGGGGACCCCCAAACCUAGGACAGCGAGAUCCUCUUGCCAACGAGAAGCCGCGGGCACCCUAAAGCCCCGGGACCCGGGCGACCGAGCCCUUUGCGACGCUCUCCGCGUCCCGGCUCAUGGUGGUGGUGGUGCCCUGAGCCCCUCUCGGGCCAGGCUGACGAAGACCGACACGGCGCCCAGACCCCCUGCCGCGGCGUCCCCGCGGCCCCAGCCCAGGGAGAAGAUGAGCGUGGGCUGCCCUGAGCCUGAACCGCUCCACUCCCUGCCUUGCUGUGGGCCGGGGGCCGCCCCUGUACCAGGUGCAGGUGUGCCCCUCCUCACAGAGGACAUGCAAGCGCUGACACUACGCACCCUGGCUGCCAGUGACGUUACCAAGCACUAUGAGCUUGUCCGGGAGCUGGGUAAAGGGACCUACGGGAAGGUUGACCUGGUGGCUUACAAGGGCACAGGCACCAAAAUGGCCCUGAAAUUUGUGAAUAAGAGCAAGACAAAGCUGAAAAACUUCCUGCGUGAAGUGAGCAUCACCAACAGCCUGUCAUCCAGCCCCUUCAUCAUCAAGGUCUUUGAUGUGGUCUUCGAGACGGAGGAAUGCUAUGUCUUUGCCCAGGAGUAUGCACCUGCUGGGGACCUGUUUGACAUCAUCCCUCCCCAGGUGGGGCUCCCCGAGGACACAGUAAAGCGCUGUGUACAGCAGCUGGGCCUGGCACUGGACUUCAUGCACAGCAGGCAGCUGGUACACCGCGACAUCAAACCCGAGAACGUGCUGCUGUUUGACCGUGAGUGCCGCCGUGUGAAGCUAGCUGACUUCGGCAUGACGCGGCGCGUGGGCUGCCGUGUAAAGCGUGUGAGCGGCACCAUACCCUACACAGCACCCGAGGUGUGCCAGGCGGGCCGUGCCGAUGGCUUCGCGGUGGACACAGGCGUGGAUGUGUGGGCGUUCGGUGUGCUUAUAUUCUGCGUGCUCACUGGCAACUUCCCGUGGGAGGCUGCGUCGGGUGCCGAUGCCUUCUUCGAGGAGUUCGUUCGCUGGCAGCGGGGCCGCCUGCCCGGGCUGCCAUCACAGUGGCGCCGCUUCACCGAGCCUGCACUACGCAUGUUCCAGCGGCUGCUGGCUCUCGAGCCGGAGCGGCGCGGGCCCGCCAAGGAGGUCUUCCGCUUCCUCAAGCACGAGCUCACGUCUGAGCUUCGGAGGCGGCCCUCACACCGUGCACGCAAGCCACCCGGGGACCGCCUACCGGGGCCCCUGCGCCUCGAGGCUCCUGCACCGCUCAAGCGCACUGUGCUCACCGAGAGUGGCAGCGGCCCUCGGUCCUCGCCACCCAGCGUGGUGCCUGUGCCCGUGCCCGUGCCCGUACCCGUACCCGAGGCUGGUCUGGCUCCGCCUGCGCCCCCAGGCAGGACCGAUGGCCGUGCAGACAAGAGCAAAGGGCAGGUGGUGCUGGCCACGGCCAUCGAGAUCUGCGUCUGAGCUGCUAGGAGCAGCACAGCCGCUGCGCUGCGGGGAAGCUGCGGGUGCUCCGACCCAUACUGGGGAAAAGGAGUAGCCACUGCGCGGCGCAGCGGGAGGGAGUAGCGUAGACUAGGAGGCCCAGACACCCGGGUCGGUGGUGGGCUGGUGACAUAGCUAGCAGAUGACUGUGUUUGGCCGGUCUCAGCCCAGAGGAGCUGAGGCCUCUGACAAAGGCUGGGGAGCUUGUGGGCCAGACUGAGCUCUGGAACCUGGACACUCCUGGCGCUUCACACCCCUUGGCAGAUCACCUUAUACUCUUCCAUCCAAACCUGGGCACAGAACGGGGGCUUUGGUGUUGGGCAGAGAUAGGCGUGAGACCCUUAGAAACUGGCUGGGAACAGGCACUGAGUUGACAACUGUGGCCCAGGUGGUCAGAGGGAGAGGCCAAGCCCCCUAAAUGUAGCAAAUGUGUGCAGGAACAGACCCGAUUAUCUAGUGAAACCCCCUCACCUCCUCCUGCUGAUGGGGACUUUGAACCCAGAAGGGAGAGCCACUACUGUAGCCACGAGGCCAUUGGGAACAGAGUUCCAGUAGGUGCCCCUCCUGGGGGCAGAGGAACAGAUGGUGGGAGAACACGAGGUUUGGCACUCCUGUGUCCCUAGGGCAGGAGAGUGCGUUCACAGCCCAGCUGCUCCUUCCCUGGGCACUCAACAAGCAGGGAAACGACUGUGCUAGUUAUUAGUGUUUCUGUCAGAGUCACAUGUAUAAGCCUCAGUUCUAGGCCAGUACCCUUGAAGGGGAGGAACACAUCCGUGGAUGGGACAGGAAGUCAUUGAAAUGGGAGUGAGUGUGAUGUGUAUCUGGUGACUUGAGUGUCCAGAUACCUCACCAGGCAGAUACCAAGAGCCAGGCCUGAGUUUUACCACACUCCUCAGGGAAUCCCAGGAGACACGUGCUGUUGGCUCAGGGAGCACAACAGGAAUUCACCUUGCCCCGGCUCUCCUCUGGGACCCCUACUCAACGUGGAGGCUUAGGGAAACCCCUGCAAUAACCUCAACACAGGGAGGCUGUGCCUUCUGCCCGGCACUGCCCACUUACCAUCCUGGGUUGCCUCUCCUAGGGUCCCUUCAAAAGUUCUGGGUUGUUUAGGAGGUUCCAUCUUGGGGCUGGCUGGCUAGCUACAAGGAAUACCAACCACCCCUCAGCCUGGAGCCCCACCUCUCCACAUACCCCCUCACUCCCACCACAAAGGGCUAUAGGUCUCCCUGCCCUGCCUGAGUCCAGUUUACAAACUGUGGUUGCUCCAGGGCCUGGCCCCGCUUUCCUGGGGUGCCACCACUUCCCUAGUGGACACAGGGCCCACAUAUGCCAGGUAAGUAGCAAACUCCUCCUCCUGCCAAGAGCAGAAGGCCCGCAUCACUGCCCUGGCCCACCUGGGGCCAUCAGGCCCUUCUUCCCAGCCGCCACCUCUCCUCUUGCCUUAGGCCUCUCCACCCUGAUCUGCAAUAACAAGGAAGCGAGACUCCACAGUAGACAUCCCGCAUCCCGCGUGCGCCCUCUGUUGAGAUCCUGUGUGGGAGGCUUCUCCCUUGUAGUAUCUAGGAUGGUAGUCCUCAGAAGAGACUUUAGGUACCUAGCCCAGCCCCACUGUUCAGAGGUGGCAGCCAGCCUGGCCCUGAACCAGACUCAGACUGGGUCAGGCUCCGCCCUUGCAGCCACCACUGGUACUGUCUCUGUCGGUUGGGUUGGGACCCUUUGCCCUUUAGGAGAGGUGUUGGUUACAGAUGUUUACCUCAGUUUGUCACUGUUGAAGAAACAAAAUAAUAAUAAUAAUAAUAGCAAAAAAUUAAUAACAUCGUAGACAUGGAGACUUAGAAGACAAAAACCACAAAAGAAACCUCCCCCUUUGCAUUUUUUCUGUGAAGGUAUAGUUUGUUCAUGUACGUACACUCAUGUGCGUGUCUCUAUCUCGCCCCAGGGCAGGCCAAAUCAUCUAUUGACACCUGUCCCAGCCUGUGUGUCCGUCACACUGCCCCUGUCCUUUGGUGCUUCCCAGGGGCCCCUUUGAGCUGGCUUGUGGGGUGUAGGGGAGCUCCCUGGAUAGGAAGUGGGGCCUUCAGUUAGCUAGAGGUCUCUGAUCAGAUCCUGUGAGCAGAGAGCCCUAGAGCUGUGUGAUGCUGCUGAGCCCACAGCACAGUGCUGGUGGUUGGCAUCUGUCCAAGUCUGGGGCAGGGCCUGGGUUGAACCCAAACCCUCAAGCCUCACACUCCUGUCUUGCCUCCCCAACCCCAUGUGUUUGUAAAUACUCUGGCAUCCUUUGGACCUGAGGAGGUUUUUAAAUGUGUUAUUUACUUCUCUAACUAUGACAAUUGCUAUAAAAUAAAAGUUUAGAAAAAUGA